AUGGACAUCAAGGAGGACACUCGAAAACGUGCCAUGUUACUUCACUAUUCUGGGGAACAGAUGGAGGGUAGAAUCCUGUCACACCCGGCGUUAAGCGGCACUUUGUUUUUGGCGGUUACCGUUGCCAUUGCUUGGUUCAUCAGAGAUUCCUGCAAAGUUGACAACUUCCCCCAGAAGCACGUCUUCAUCACGGGCUGCGACAGCGGCUUCGGGAAUUCGCUGGCCAGACAGCUGGAUCAGAAGGGAUUCCACGUGAUCGCCGCAUGUCUCACCGAGAAAGGUGCCUCGCAUUUGGCAUCCGUGUCCUCCCCCAGACUCAAGACUCUUCUGCUCAAUGUUACCGACAGCGCCGGCAUCGGGAGAGCGGUGGAGUUUGUCAGCGCGAAGGUCAAAGGUCGAGGUCUGUGGGGGCUGGUGAAUAAUGCCGGAAGGUCCAUACCCAUCGGCCCGUCGGAGUGGAUGAAGCUGGAGGAUUUCGCGACAGUUUUAGACGUGAAUCUGCUGGGACUCAUCGACGUGACCCUACAGUUUCUCCCGCUGCUGAAGAAAGCCCGGGGCAGGGUGGUCAAUGUGGCCAGUAUCUUGGGGAGACUUUCCCUCACAGGCGGAGGCUACUGUCUGUCCAAAUGGGGGGUGGAGGCCUUCUCUGACAGCCUCAGGCGGGACAUGCAACACUUUGGUGUCAAAGUGAGCAUCAUCGAGCCCGGGUUCUUCAAGACGGGAGUGACGAGGCUGGAUCUUAUUGAGGCGGACCUGAGGAGGCGCUGGAACCACCUCCCUCAAGAUGUCAGAGACUCCUAUGGAGCGCAAUACUUUGACGACUAUACGAAGGCGCAGGACCUCUCCAUGGGCAUCCUGUGCAGUCCUGAUAUCUCCAAGGUGACCAGCUGCAUGCAGCACGCCCUGACAGCUCGACACCCUCGCAGCCGCUACGGGGCUGGCUGGGAUGCCAAGCUGUUCUGGAUUCCCCUUUCCUAUCUUCCAUCGUUCGUGUCAGACUUUGUUGUCAGCGUGCUCCUUCCUCGGCCGGAAGGAGAACGACGCUGA